UUAGGACUCAGCCUCACCGCCGCGCCGCGCCCUCAGCCCCCGGCUCCGUGGUUCCUGCCCGGCCGCCGCCGCCGCCGCCGCCAUGGCCGAGGCCGACGUCGCGCUGAUCGGGCUGGCGGUCAUGGGCCAGAACUUGAUCUUGAACAUGAACGACCACGGCUUCGUGGUCUGCGCCUUCAAUAGGACCGUCUCCAAAGUGGAUGAUUUCUUGGCCAACGAGGCAAAGGGAACCAAAGUGGUUGGUGCUCACUCCUUGGAGGAGAUGGUCUCCAAGCUGAAGAAGCCGCGGCGGAUCAUACUGCUGGUGAAGGCUGGGCAGGCCGUCGACGACUUCAUUGGCAAACUGGUACCACUGUUGAACACUGGUGACAUCAUCAUCGAUGGAGGAAAUUCUGAAUACAGGGACACCACAAGACGGUGUCGAGACCUCAAGGCCAAGGGAAUCUUGUUUGUGGGGAGUGGAGUCAGUGGUGGAGAGGAGGGGGCCCGGUAUGGCCCCUCCCUUAUGCCAGGAGGGGACAAAGAGGCCUGGCCCCACAUCAAGACCAUCUUCCAAGGCAUCGCUGCGAAGGUCGGAUCGGGGGAACCCUGCUGUGACUGGGUGGGAGACGAAGGAGCAGGACACUUUGUGAAGAUGGUGCACAAUGGGAUAGAGUACGGGGACAUGCAGCUCAUCUGUGAGGCUUACCACCUGAUGAGGGAUGUGCUGGGCAUGGAGCAUAACGGGAUGGCGGAGGCAUUUGAGGAAUGGAAUAAGACGGAGCUCGACUCGUUCCUCAUUGAAAUCACCGCCAAUAUUCUCAAGUUCCGAGACAGUGAUGGCCAACACCUGCUGCCCAAGAUCAGGGACAGCGCAGGGCAGAAGGGCACGGGGAAGUGGACUGCCAUAUCAGCCCUGGAGUACGGCGUUCCCGUCACCCUCAUUGGAGAAGCGGUUUUUGCUCGAUGCUUAUCAUCUCUGAAGGAUGAGAGGAUUCAGGCUAGCAAAAAGCUGAAGGGUCCCCAGAAGAUGCAGUUUGAAGGUGAUAAGAAAGCAUUCCUGGAAGAUAUUCGGAAGGCCCUCUAUGCUUCCAAGAUCAUCUCGUACGCGCAAGGCUUUAUGCUGCUGAGACAGGCAGCUACAGAAUUUGGCUGGACCCUCAACUAUGGUGCCAUCGCCCUGAUGUGGAGAGGGGGCUGCAUCAUCAGGAGUGUGUUCCUGGGAAAGAUAAAGGAUGCGUUUGAUCGGAACCCACAACUUCAGAAUCUACUACUUGAUGACUUUUUCAAGUCAGCGGUUGAAAACUGCCAGGACUCGUGGCGGCGGGCAGUGAGCACCGGAGUCCAGGCGGGUGUCCCCAUGCCCUGCUUCACCACCGCCCUUUCCUUCUAUGAUGGAUACAGACACGAGAUGCUACCGGCCAACCUCAUCCAGGCUCAGCGGGAUUACUUUGGGGCUCACACUUACGAACUCUUAGCCAAACCCGGACAGUUUAUCCACACCAAUUGGACAGGCCACGGUGGCAGCGUGUCGUCCUCUUCAUACAAUGCCUGACCAGACUGGUUACCCGCCACAAUUCCCUAGACUGGGACAUUCCACUUGCCACUUGCCACUGCUUACACAGCCCUCUGCCCUACUUUCUGCUCAGACCUUUUAAAGUAGUCUCUCAUAAGAGACUCCUGAAAAAGUUAAUGUGAGUUUACUUGUAAAGUAGCUGGGUUAGCAGCACCGUGCCCUCUGGCCUGGCCCCCUUGGGGCCAAGCAGGAGGUGCCCGUGUGCACACCAGCGUGAAUCAUGAGUCAGCUCCCAGCAGCAGUUUUCCACGUGUCCCCUGUGAUUAGGGAGGCAGGGCAAUUUCCCGAUAGAGGCACGCAUAGAUGGGAAGGGUUGCUGUGGGAUUUUCUCAAACUGGAAUCUUCGUAUCAUGUAAUAGAUUUCCCAUUCUCCACUUAAUAAAAGGUACAUUCUACUUAC